AUGUUAUUUCUGCUUUUCUUCAUUCUUUUUUAUUUUUUUGUCUCUUUCCACUCCUCUUUGCCUCUCUGUCUCUGUAUUUUACCAUUUCCAUCUCUCUUUUCUCUCUUUCUCCCUUCCCUCAUCUACCCUCUCUCUCAAUAUCUAUAUAUCGCUCUCUUCCUCCAUUGCCCCUUUCUCUUUAUUUUUUCCUCUCUUUUUCUCCUUCUCCUAUCCUUUCUUUCUAUCUACUUUUCUUUAUUCUGUUUCCUUUUUUCUCUCUUUCUAGUCACCUCUGUCUCUCUAUCACUGUUUUUUACCAUUUCCAUCUCUCUUUUCUCUCUUUCUCCAUUCCCUCGUCUACCCUCUCUCCAUAUCUGUAUAUCGCACUCUUUCCCCUAUCUUCCUUUUCUCUUUAUUUUUUCUCUCUCUUUUUCUUCCUUCUUUCUCCUUCUCCUAUCCUUUUUUUAUAUCUCUCUAGAUCUCCGCCUUUGCUUUUUUAAUCGAUCUUCCUCAAUCCUCCUCCUCCUAUUUUAUUUCUACUUUUUUUUAUUCUGUAUUUUUUUCUCUUUCCACUCUCCUCUGCCUCUCUAUCUCUUCAACCUUCCUUUCUCUCUAUCAUUCCUCUUCCUCCAACCAUCUCCUUAUGAUGUUUCAUUCGGUUUACCUUUUUCCUCAAUCUUCACUCUCACUCUCACUCUCUCUAUAUAUCUUUCUCUUUCUCUCUCGUACCCUCUCUACGUACCUUCUCCUCACUCCCAUUCCACUUUCUCUAUUCCUCUUUUUCUCGCUCAUUCUUUCUUUCUAUUCCAACUUCGUUAUAUAUCUCCCUCCCCUCUAUUUUCCCUCGCUUUCCACACUCCCUUCUCUCCCUUUCUUCUUUACCACUUUCUCCCUCUUCUACCCUCUGACCAUAUAUAUUGCUUUCUUCCUCCAUCCCCGCUUUCUCUCUGUUUCUCUACUUUCUUUCUUCUUCUCCUAUCCUUUCUUUAUACCUCUCUAGAUCUCCACCUUCCCUUUUUCUCUGCUUCUCUUUUUCGCUCCUACCCUCUCCCACUCUCUAUUUUCACCCAGUCUCUCUCUCUUUCCCUUUAUCUUAUUAUCUCCCCCUCUUUCUGUUUAUAUAUCCUGCCUUCUCUUUCAUUCCCUUUUUCUCCGACUCUCCCUCCUCUCUCCGCUUUCUAUUCUAUGUCUCUCUCUCUUUCCCCUUACCUUAUUAUCUCCCUCACUUUCUGUUUAUAUAUCCUGCAUUCUCUUUCAUUCUCAUUUCCCCCCUCUCCCUCCUUCUCUCCCCGCUCUCUAUUUUCUCUCUCUUUCUCUCUCUUUCCCCUUAUCUUAUUAUCUCCCUCUCUUUCUGUUUAUAUAUCCUGCCUACUCUUUCAUUCUCCUUUUCUCCCCCUCUCCCUCCUUCUUUCUCUGCUCUCUAUUUUCUCUCUCUCUCUUUCCCCUGUCUUAUUAUCUCCCUCUUUCUGUUUAUAUAUCCUGCAUUCUCUAUCAUUCUUUUUUUCUCCCCCUCUCCCUCCUUCUCUCUCCGCUCUCUAUUUUCUCUCUCUCUUUCUCUCUUUCCCCUUAUCUUAUUAUCUCCCUCUUUUUCUGUUUAUAUACCCUGCCUUCUCUUUCAUUCCCUUCUUCUCCCACUCUCCCUCCUUCUCUCUGCAGUUUUAUUAUCGCUCGCUCGGCUUUGUCUCGCUAUUCUCCAAUCCUUUACGGCUAUCUGUCUCUAUUCAUUAUCUAUCUAUCUAUCUAUCUAUCUAUCUAUCUAUCUCAUUCUGUUAUCUAUCUAUCUAUCUAUCUAUCUAUCUUAGUGUUCCAUGGUUGAACGUUUCUCCAUCUAAGUCUAUUGAUAUCUAUCUAUCUAUCCUAAUACAGAAAAUGCAGCUUCCAGCUUUACAUCUAUCUAUCUAUCUAUCUAUCAUCUAUCUAUCUAUCUAUCCUAAUACAACUUUUUUAGUCUCCAUACAGAUGGUGGGAAAAAUAGCAGCUUCCAAAUUUACAUCUAUCUAUCUAUCUAUCUAUCUAUCUAUCUAUCUAUCUAUCUAUCUAUCUAUCUCAUUCUGUUAUCUAUCUAUCUAUCUAUCUCAGUCUGUUAUCUAUCUAUCUAUCUAUUUCAGCCUGUUAAUUAUCUAUCUCUUCUUUUCAUAUCUAUCUAUCUAUCUAUCUAUCUAUCUAUCUAUCUAUCUAUCUCAAUUUGACCAUAUCUAUUUAAGUCUGUUCAUAUCUAUCUAUCUAUCUAUCUAUCUAUCUAUCUAUCUAUCUAUCUCAUUCUGUUAUCUAUCUAUCUAUCUAUCUAUAUCGAUACAACAUUUUUAG